AUGUCACUGCGGUGCGGAGCUGCGCUCGUGGGGUCGGUGGUGUUGCUGUGGGAGGAGGAGGGGUGGAGGGGGGGGGGGGGAGCAGCGCGGGGGGGCGCAUGCGCUGUGCGCAAGGAGAGGCGCGGGGCUGCGCCGCGGCCCAGUAUCGACGCGACAGUCGGGUGCGGCGCGCGUAUGUCUGCCGCAGUGAAGAGCCGUAUAUUACGUAAAGUGCCACCAUGCCGGACUCCGGGCCCUCCCUAUGCAGCGUCCUCGACCCUAAUGCUUGGUUCGACCCGCAGAGGCUGCACCCAGAAGGUGAGUGGUGGUGGUGGUGACCAAGGCAGCGGUGGCGGGUGGCGAUCGAUGCGCGCCCCCGGCCGACUACAAGCACGCACGCGCCCGCCCGCCCCGCGGCGUGACAACCUUGACACCUUGACGCUUCUCGUGCUCCAC